CAGAGCCAGACACAGGGCUUGAACUCACAAACUGUAAGAUCAUGACUUGAGCCAAAGUCGCACACUAAACUGACUGAGCCACCCAGGCGUCCCCGAAGUGUAUCUUUAUUAAUUGUGGGUCAAAGGAGUCAGGGGCCAAGUGCAUUGGAUCUUCUCUAUCUCAAAGGGUAAAAGUCUGUGAGUUCCGAAGGGGUGAAUCUGAGUUAAGAACGGCCAGUGGGAAUGCUUUAGGCCAAGAUGAUAUGGGAGGUCUCUAUAAACUUUGCUGAUUGAGUCUUAAUAGUGUCCUUAGUGCAUUUGACCAACCUGAGGAUUGAGAAUGGUAUUGCCCAGUGAGUAUUGUAAAACUGGUGAAACAGUGCAGACUUAUUCAAGCACCUGGUAAAAUGGGUUCCUUGAGGACUAUGAAGUUAAAGAGGGCUUCUCCACAUUGGUAUAAUUUUUUCUUUAAUCUUUUUUUUUACAUUUAUUUAUUUUUGAGAGACAGAGCACGAGUGGGGGAGGGGCAGAGAGAGAAGACACAGAAUCCGAAGCAGGCUCCAGGCUCUGAGCAAGCUGUCAGCACAGAGCCUGAUGGAGGGCUUGAACCCACGGAACAUGAGAUCAUGACCUGAGCCGAAGUUGUACACUCAACCGACCGAGCUACCUAGGUGUCCCGUUAUAAUUUUUUCUAGCAAAAUUUUAUCUACACAAGUAGCAGUGGUCUGUCUACAAGAGAGCUUUGGUCCAGUGAGAAGACCUACAAACCAUUACUAAAACAUACUUAAAUCCAUGAGAUGGGGGUAGCUGUAUGAAAUACAUUUACCGGAACUUGAAUUAGGUAAUUUAAAAUGAGCGGUGUGAGCACUUUUUUCUGCGUUGUGUUUUGGAUGCAUGGGACAAGUGGGAUAGACACUUUUGUAGCUUUAUUUCCCCACCAAUAUUGGUCCAUGAAUUCGGCCAGAUUAUUUGGUCUAACCCACAGUUCUUUUUAUCAAACCAACAGUGAUUAGGUUCCCAGUAUUUUUCCUUUUCUGGAGCCAGUUACUGGGCAUUUCUGGUCCGUUUUCAAAAUCUUCACUUGGGAGAAUAUCCCUUUGGACUGUGACAGAGGUUUGGCUCUUGAUUGCUUUGAGAGCAGUGCUUUGGUGGAAAUAUCAGCGAGGUGGUUUCCUUUGGCCUCCAGAGAGUGGAGUCUAGAAUGCUGAGGAACUUUAAUAAAAGAGUAUCUGGCCAAAGUGUGGCAUUUGAUAAAAUUUGGACAUAGGAACCAUUUAGAAUUUUAUCCCCAUUGGAGGUGAGAGCACCUCAUUGUUGGGUACCAUUCCAGAGUCCUGAGCUACCUCAAAGGUAUAUCAGCUAUGGGUAUAAAUGUUUUGUGGUUUUACCUUUGGCCAAGGUACAAGUAUAGAACUUGGCCUGUUGGGCCGAGAUAGCGAAAGGUAAAAGUGCUGCCUCGGUGGCUUCAAAAGGAGUCACGCUAGCAUUCCCAGCACAGGAUUUGCCAUUUUCAUCCUUUAAGUAAGAACCAUCGGGACACCAUGAAAAAUCUGCAUCGGUUAGAGGAGGUUCCUAUAAACAGUCACAGGGAGUCAAGAGGUGAUCUGUCCAUCUGAAGCAGUUGUGAGUGGUCUCUGCCAGGGAGGAGGGAGAAUAGCAGGGUUAAGGUUCUCGCAGUGAGGAGGAGUUAUAUGAGGAACAGUUAGGGGGAUCUCCUGGGUGAGUGCAGUGGUGAGGAUUUAGGGGGGCUUCUCUGUACGCGGCACAAGUGUGCUUAGAGGGAGGCCUGUGACCCUUCACGGGCCUUAACUAGAAGGGCAGUGGCAGGAAUGGCCCUGAGGCAAGGAGGGAGAUCCCUGGCCAUGGGCUGCUCCAGUGCUUGGUUCUAAGACCCCAAGGGUCAGUGAUGGUCCCCCAUGUUUUUGGGCAAGUACUCCAACGGCAUUUUCUUCCCUCUCACAAACAAUGAGAAAAGGGGAGUUGAUAAUUAGGAUCUCUGAGGGCAAGAGGCUUUAUUAGACUUUUCUUUAUGAAGUCUCCGAAGCUAGGUCUUCUCAGUCUUUCCAAAUGACGCAGUCAGGUUUGUCAGUUUUUAGUAAAGCCUAUAGAGCUUGAGCUGUAAGAGAGAAGUUUGGAAUCCCAAUUUCGACAGUAGACAGCCAGUCCAAGAAAACUUUGUAAUUGGCAUUUAGUUGUAGGUUUUGGGAAGUUCAGGAUGCCAUGAAAGCUACCUGGAUCUAAGUGUAGGCCUUGUUCUGAAAUCAGGUGCCCUCAGAUGAACUUUAGCUUGAGCAAACUGUAAUUUUUCUUUAAAGACUUUGUCCUUUUAAGGCCAAAAGUUUUAACAGGUGAAUGCUGUCUCCUGUGAAGAGGUUUGAGAAAGGGAGCAGAGAAGCAAAUCAUCUACAUGUUGUAACCAACCAGAGCCUGCAGAAGAUUUUAUAUCUUCCAAAUCAGCUUUAAAGGUUUGUAAAAAGUUAAGAAGGACUCUCUCUGUAACUCUGGAGCAUUACUGUCCAGGUAUAGUACUGUUCUUCCCAAAUGAAAGCAAAAAGACAAUGGUUAUCCCUGUCAACUGGAUAGUAAAAGUGCACUGUAUAGAACAAUUAUAGUGAAAACUUUGCUUUCAGUGGGGAUGGAUGUCAGUGUGUGGGGGUUAGGAACAAUGGGGUGCCAAGGAAUAGUGUUAUUUAUUGCUCUGAGGUCCUGGACUAACCUCCAUCCUGAGCCACUGGGUCUUCUGACAGAUAAAAUGGGGGUAUCACAGGGACUAGUGCAGGGGAUAAAAAGGCCCUGAGUCUCUGGUCUCCUAUUAUGGGCUUGAUGUCUUAAAGGGCUUUUUUACUUAUAGGGUAUUAGCUCUGGGGAGAGGUGUUGAGGGAUCUGUUUGAAUCUUGAUGGGGGGUGCACUGUGAAUUCUGCCAGUAUCAGUUGGGGAAUCUGCCCAUAAAGAGGAUGGUAGCUGAUCUAAUAGGGAUAAAUGAUCAGUGUCCCCAGACUCUAUUAUAGUGCCAUCAGGGAUGUUGAAGGGUCAUUUAAUUCAUGUGGUUGGCGAUUUUGAUUCUAUAAUUAUUUCUUUUUUCUGGGAGAAAUUCUGGCAUGAUACUUUCCUAAGAAAUCUUGGCCCAGUAAAUGAAUGGGGUAGAGAAACUUAAGGAGGUGAGAAUGGGAAUCUCAACAGGCCUAAACAAAUGGGAGCAGGUGCAGAGACAGGAACCUGUUGAGGUUUAUGAGAGACCCCCUCUAUUUGAAUUGUUUUCAUGCUCUGAGACAGGACCUGCUUUAUAGGAGUGGUGUUGAGCCCCGAGAAUGCAGCUCUGGGGUCACCAAGACAAAGAGAUUCAUUCUCAGUCGGGAGAGUAUUUUUUCCAAGCCAGUUAACGGGGAGAAGUGGGAAGAGCCCUUGUAGGUCCUCAGAGUCCCAUCACUGGGAAUUAGGAGGACAGUGGAAAGGCUGGCUAGAGGGCUGAAGGCUUCUGGAAUGCUUAUGUUUGUAACAGUCUUUUUUUUUUUUCUAGUGCCCUGGCCCUUUGCAGUGAUAGCAGAAAGCCAGGGGGUUUUGUUCUGUUUAGGGACCUUCAUUUGCCAGAGUUGAAAACUGAGAAUAUUAGUGGUCUUUCUUUGAGUUGACUCCUCUAGCAUGUGGGUGAGCUGGUUUGCCAAGCUAGCUAAUUCUGGAGUGGGCACAGUUUCCCAUUCCAUGCUGGUCCUUUAACCAGAAGAUCCUGGUUCAGCCUGUUAGUAAAUGCAGUUAAUGCUACCCAUUUGGAUUCAGCCUCUAAAGGAAGACCAGAAUCUUUUUGAAAGAUCAUUUGGAGUUGAUUAUAAUGGUCGUGAACAGGUUGAUCGGGCUUUUUUGUGAAGCCUGAAUUUUGUUCCAAUCAACAGUCUUAGGAAUCUACUGUAAUUGCUCAAUGGAGAUUUCCAGUGAGUGUUCUAGCAUCUUGCCAAAAGUUAGGGUUAAUUCUCUGAAUCCUUUAGGCUGUUCUUAUGGGAUUAGUUUCAUCCCGUGUUAGGCCUGGUCCUCACCAACAAGCACAUGGCCUGACUGAUACAGAUCUGAGAAAGCAGGGUGGUUAAGUUGGAGUAACUAUGUUAAAUUCUCCAGCAAACGUGGGUCCUGAGUCACUUUCGGAAACUCUUCAACUCUGGCUCGCAGUUUGGCCUUGGUCCAGGGAACAUAAGAAGUUUGGGGUUUAUUCAGAUCCAGAAGACUUAAUUUUAAAGGAGCAGUUUUCUUAGAUUCAGGAAAGAAGGGAGUGGGGAGAGGUUCAGAGAAAAAAGUUAAGUGAAGGUGGGGACUGAACACAAGACAGCUGCUGUACAUCCUGAGACCUAGAAGACAGGAAGGGAAGAAAGAGGCCUCAGGAGCCCUUUCUUCCCUUUGUUUGUCUCUGUUAGUCUAGAAAUUGUAUUUUGCAGAGAGGCAAUUUUAGAUUCCUUAUAGCUUCAGAAUUCCGAAGCUUCACAAUCCCAAAGUAGGCAUCCCAUUCAGUUUUGACAAUUUUAGAGCCAUGGCUAUCCAAUUUACUUUUUUUUUUUUUUUAAUGUUUGUUUAUUUUUGAGAAAGAGACACACACAGUGUGUGAGCAGGGGAGGGUCAGAGAGAGAGGGAGACACAAUUAGAAGCAGGCUCCAGGCUCCGGGCUAUCAGCACAGAGCCCGUCGAGGUGCUCAAACUCACAAACUGUGAUAUCAUGACCUGAGCCGAAGUCAGUCACUUAACUGACUGACUGAGCCACUCAGGCGGCGCUGUCCAAUUUACUUUUGAUGAAGAGUAAGUUUGGAGAGAUGGCGAGUUCCUUGCAAUGGCCAUUGGAGUUUUAAACUACUGUGUGUGUGAAGAGGAACUGACCAGGGUGCCAGAAGAGGGGUCACCCUCAAAACAUCUUGAUGACUGGGAUCCCACUUCUUAGCGGUUUAUUUUGUCUGUCUUUUCUAGAGCAGGAAAGAAAGAUUCCUAAACGGUAUGAUCAAUCUGGUUCUAAAAGGAAUCCGAGCAAAGGCCAGCUCUGUUCCGGUAGGCACAGCCCUGUUCGUGAGAAGUUGGGCCAAGGACUAGCAGUUUUAUUAGGAAUGGCCUAGUUCUUAAGAGGAGUUGGACCAAAGGCCAAACGAGUGUUCUUAUAAAGGACCAAGCCUUAAAACAGAUUCUGAAUAAUUCCUGGAGAGCUUAAAACACAAGAGUGGAGCUCAAAAUCCAGAAGAAAAAUUUUAGGGUGGGCAAGAAAGCAGUGAGCUCUGUGGGUAUGGGUGCAUAUUUGCUCACUAGCCUUGGAUUUGUUGGUGGUCUUCUGGAUCCCAUCAAAUAAUGUUAACCUUAAAAAGAAGUUAUUUUAGGGGCACCUUUGUGGCUCGGUCGGUUAAGCAUCCGACUGUUGAUCUCAGUUCAGGUCAUUAUCUCACGGUUCGUGGGUUCAAGCCCUGUGUUGGGCUCUGCGCUGACAGCCUUGGGAUUCUCUCCUUCUCUGUCUUCCCCUCCCCUGCUUUCUCUCUCUCUAAAUAUAAAUAAAUUUAAAAAUAAAUCUUAAAAAAAAAAAGUUAUUUUACCAACAAAAAUGGGUUUAUUUGGGAGUAACCAAGAAUUACAACUCCUGGGCAUUAAGCUAUAACAAAGCCAUAGGCAAGUCCAACAAAGAAGAAGGUUAUCUUACGGAGAAGGAGAAAAUUGGGAGGGGUUGUUUUGAACAAAGCCCAUUGGAGGAGAAUACUAAUUCAGGCUAAUGGUUUGCCAUUGGCUGAGUUGCAAGGGUAGCCAGUUUCUUGUAGAGCUGCAGUCUAUAUCUUUCUCUGUCGAGGCCUGUAAUUGAUGAUUCUUUCCUGUAGAGAUUCUUCUGUUGGGGUCUGUGAUGACAAUUUCCUGUAAUUGACCGAUUGGUAGUGGCUUCCCUCUUCUAGCUUCCCUUAGUCUCUUCCCCACUGAACUUUAGUGAGGCUUCCCUUUAUUAAUUUUAAGAAGUGUGUAGUACAGUGCUUGGCACAUAUUGAAUACUAGAGAAGUUUUUUUGUCUUUUUUUUUUUUUUUUUUUUUUUUUGUAAAUUGAGAUCUUAUUCUAGGGAAUAUGGAGUUUAAAAGGAAAAAACCCCCAACUAAGUACAAAAUUGCUUUUUCCAGAUACUCUAAAAUACCAUCUCCCAACACAUUUUGUGCAAAUGGAGAGCCAAUUUUGAAGGGAUUGAAGGUGCAGCUUGUGCUUCUGCCUGGGGAUGGGCUGGGGACUCCUAGAUGCUCCUUAAGAAUGAGGGAGCAACAGAGCAAGUUCUAGGAUUGGGCAGAGCUGAAUGAGAAGUAGAUUCCAUUCAUGCAGAGUGCCUCCUGCUAGGUUUAUUAUUACUCUGUUUUUAUUGAUCAUCUGUUUUUCUCUAGCUAGGUCUUGACUCUGCCAACCGGGAUCCUCCUGUGGUUUCGAGCUUGGAAUUCAGCACCAGGAAAUGUAGCUCAGCGGCUUGAAACGGAAAGCAUAUGGACAGGUUCACGUCACGGCAUUUAGGCGUUGAAUAAGAUUUGAGAAUGCUUGUUCCAUUACAAAAAACGGAAGUGCAGAAACCACAGAGGUGCUAGAGAUGGCACUUGUGGGGCUCAUCUCUGCCUGAGAAUUGGGUGCUCCUGGCACUGGAAGAGCCAGCUCAGAUCCUGGGCUCCUCGCUUGAACAAGCCUUCUCUUCCAGCCACUCCAGUCCAACGGCCAAACUACUCAUUUUCUCUUAAUGAUGGGUAUUGGUAAGAACACUACGUCCAAAUCCAUGGAGGCUGGAAGUUCAACUGAAGGCAAAUAUGAAGAUGAAGCGAAGCAUCCCGCUUUCUUUACUCUUCCGGUGGUGAUAAACGGAGGCGCCACGUCCAGCGGUGAACAGGACAACGAAGACACCGAGCUCAUGGCAAUCUACACCACAGAAAACGGCAUCGCAGAAAAGAGCUCUCUCGCCGAAACCUUGGAUAGCACCGGCAGUCUAGACCCCCAGAGAUCGGACAUGAUUUACACCAUAGAAGACGUCCCCCCCUGGUACCUGUGCAUAUUUCUGGGGUUGCAGCACUACCUGACCUGCUUCAGUGGCACCAUCGCUGUGCCCUUUCUGCUGGCGGAUGCCAUGUGCGUGGGGUACGACCAGUGGGCCACCAGCCAGCUCAUCGGGACCAUUUUCUUCUGUGUGGGAAUCACGACUUUGCUGCAGACAACGUUUGGAUGCAGGUUACCCCUGUUUCAGGCCAGUGCUUUUGCAUUUCUGGCCCCUGCUCGAGCCAUCCUGUCUUUAGAUAAAUGGAAAUGUAACACCACAGAUGUUUCAGUGUCCAAUGGAACAACAGAGCUGUUGCACACAGAGCACAUCUGGUAUCCCCGGAUACGUGAGAUCCAAGGCGCCAUCAUCAUGUCCUCGCUGAUAGAAGUGGUCAUCGGCCUCCUGGGCCUGCCCGGGGCUCUGCUGAAAUACAUCGGGCCCCUGACCAUCACGCCCACGGUGGCCCUCAUCGGGCUGUCUGGGUUCCAGGCGGCGGGAGAGAGAGCGGGGAAGCACUGGGGCAUCGCCAUGCUGACAAUUUUCCUAGUAUUACUGUUUUCACAGUAUGCCAGGAACGUGAAGUUUCCUCUCCCAAUUUACAAAUCCAAGAAAGGAUGGACUGCAUACAAGUUACAGCUUUUCAAAAUGUUCCCUAUCAUCCUGGCCAUCCUCGUGUCCUGGCUGCUGUGCUUCAUCUUCACAGUGACAGAUGUCUUCCCUCCUGACAGCACAAAGUAUGGCUUCUACGCUCGAACGGAUGCCAGGCAGGGCGUGCUUCUGGUAGCCCCGUGGUUUAAGGUCCCGUACCCGUUUCAGUGGGGACUGCCCACCGUCUCCGCGGCUGGUGUCAUCGGCAUGCUCAGCGCCGUCGUUGCCAGUAUUAUCGAGUCUAUUGGGGACUAUUACGCCUGUGCAAGGCUGUCCUGUGCCCCGCCACCUCCCAUCCAUGCGAUAAACAGGGGGAUUUUCGUGGAGGGUCUCUCCUGUGUUCUCGAUGGCAUAUUUGGUACUGGGAAUGGCUCUACUUCGUCCAGUCCCAACAUUGGAGUUUUGGGAAUUACUAAGGUCGGCAGUCGGCGGGUGAUUCAAUACGGUGCGGCCCUCAUGCUGGCUCUAGGCAUGAUCGGGAAGUUCAGCGCCCUCUUCGCCUCCCUCCCGGAUCCGGUGCUUGGCGCCCUCUUCUGUACUCUCUUCGGAAUGAUCACAGCUGUUGGGCUCUCCAACCUGCAGUUCAUUGACUUAAAUUCUUCCCGGAACCUCUUUGUCCUGGGAUUUUCAAUCUUCUUUGGGCUCGUCCUUCCAAGUUACCUCAGGCAGAACCCUCUCGUCACAGGCAUAACGGGGAUCGAUCAGGUGUUGAACGUUCUUCUCACAACUGCUAUGUUUGUAGGAGGCUGCGUGGCUUUUAUUUUGGAUAACACCAUCCCAGGUACUCCGGAAGAAAGAGGAAUCCGGAAGUGGAAGAAGGGUGUGGGCAAAGGGAGCAAGUCGCUCGAUGGCAUGGAAUCCUACGAUCUGCCGUUCGGCAUGAACAUUAUUAAAAAAUACAGAUGCUUCGGCUACUUACCCAUCAGCCCAACCUUUGCGGGCUACACGUGGAAAGGCCUCAGGAAGAAUGCCACCAGCCGGAGUUCAGACGAGGACUCGCAGGCCACGGUAUAGCUGUAGCUCACCCUGUGGCCCGGCCGCAGUGAGGCAUGAAUCUGUAGUUCCUUGCUGAGUAACAAGCAGUAACCUGUAUGUUUGUAUAUCUGCAUUUACAUUCUGCACCCAGAGCUAAGACGAUUACAAAUAGCUUUUUUUGUUGUGGGUGGUGAUCGUGUCUAAUAUUGUGUCUCACCUGUCUCCUUAUUUAAGCCCUACCCCUUGCCUUUGAGAGCGUCCAUUGAACUUGAAGUUCCUGUCCUCCUGUGGGAGUGGGUGUUUAAAUCCACAGCGGUUCCUUGGUUUCGGUCUCCUUCCACCACCCUGGGCUAGCUUUCCUACAAGCUGCCUCUGGGGUGCAGGGGCUUUCUGUUCCAGAAGCACGUGGACCCGCUUCUAUUUUAUUUGACCUCAGCCUGCACCCGCAUAGACCCCCUCUGCUCAAGGGGCACCAGUAUCCUCGCACUGUCACAUCUGACUGGUCAAAUGUGAUUCUGUGUCCCCUGAUGCUCCUGUAGCAGGAAACUAUUGACCUGAUUGAAAACAGUCAACAUGGUUACCUUAUACCCAUAUCUGUGUGUGGGUAAGGUCUGUACAGGUGUUACUAGAAUUGAAAUCUGUUUGGGGGAUUGGAGGGGAAAGGAAAGGACCUUGAAGUCAAUAUCUGAUUCUCAACUGCUCUUUCUUGGUGCCACCCUGGCCCGGGAUGGGCCAGCACAUUUCAUACUGGCCUCUUUUUCACUAUAAUUGAGACACUCUGACAUUUUAUCACUCCAGGCUGGUGUGAUGGGUAUAGAGUGCCACACAGGGGCACUAAGCAGAUGUUUAUGGGAGUCUUGACUCUGCCGUCAUGUGGAUGUCAGUUCUUGUUGCGCAUAUCUAUAAAUUACAAGAUUUUAUUCCUAUUUAAUGUUAUUGACUAUAACAGGUUUUUGAAAUCAGUGUUUUUCCAUGUGACCCUCUUUCCUUGCAUCCCUAUUACUUGUCCCCCACCCCUCACUUCCCAUUAAGAAAAGAACCAGCAUUUAUAAAGCUGUGGAUACCAUCAGGGAAGCUUGUCGUCAAGGCUUUUGAAGGCCAGUAACCAUUAUUGUGGUUGUGUUUUGUAUUGCUUGAUACCAUGAAAGUGUAAAUACUGUAAUGCCUAAUCUAUUUAUCAAAACUGACUACUGGACCAGAGCCCAGAAACCGUGGGUUAAGUUACACGUGAAUUUGUUUUGUGAAGAAGGGAAGCUGAGGCAGGUAAUCAACAGAGCCGCCAUAUUGAAUGGUUGGACAUCCUGGUAAAUUCAUCCCUGUAGUUCUGUUGCAACUCAUUUCUGGCAGUUAAGGCUUAAGGAGACUUUCUGUGAGUUACCAUGUGGAAUGUCCACUGGAUUUUGAUUUUGCAGGGGUUGGAAUUAGACUGGCUAAAUGCUGCCUUUCUUGUUUUAAGUUAUUGCAGAAGAUGGUAAGAAAAGCAGUAGGCAGGGCCCCUUCUGUUGAUUUCUCAUUAAUAACACUAAAUCUUUUCUGGAAAAGUUACUUCUGUGGAAUUUGGUUUGAAAAUUUUCAGCCAAAGGAAACCCUGAAACACAAGGUAGCAACCUCGCUGCGUGAGGUUGUGCUUCUUAGGUCGUUUGUUAACCUGGUUGAGCCUUAGACAGCCAAUGGGUGUUGUUGUCUCUGACAGCAGGGCAUGGUUCUCAGCAGCUCUGUGUCCACAGGGCGCGUUUCCUGCCCCCACAGCUGGCUCUCCUCCACCUCGUUCUGAUGUCUUGGCAGCAUUGUUGUACCACUAUAGCCUCCUUGAUUCCUGGGAAGUUUGGGGCUUCAAGGCGUAUUCUGGCAAGAAUAGUUCAAAGCCACUGUACCGUUUUGCCAAGAUCUUAUUGCAGAUUAAGUUAAAAAAAAAAAAAAUUAGAUUCUAAAUUGCAUUUAAUUUUGUAUGUUUUUUAAAAUUGUAUCUGGUGCAUAGUUAACUAUAGAAGCACACUGGUCAAUGGUUUUCAUCUCUUUAACUUGGUUAACUAACACUCAGUGCCGACAGCCGUCCUGCAAAGUUGCUCUCAGUUUCCUUCUGUUUGUGUUUUUGCUCAGCAUCUCUAAUUUCUCUGCUCUAAAUAGUGGGGAAACUGUUAAACAGGCCAGAGAUUUGCAGUAUUCUGGUUCUCUAGGUGAGCAGAAGGACCAAAUAUCAAAUAAAAGCAUCUGAACCAUUGGGUAAUUUAACUUUCAGCAUAACCUGAUGGGGCAUCUUCCCUCCUAGUGAGUGACACUCAGGAUAUGUGCUUCAAACAUCCAGAAACCCACUCCCUUCUGAAACCCCUCCUUGGGCCAGGUUUUAUUGGGAGCUUCUGAAUCUGCUGGUCUGGGGGAUGUCUUCUGCAAGCAUUUAAAUGUGGAGGGAAGCCCUGUAUCCACACCAAAUGUUAGAGAUGACGGAUUUUGCUCUUUUUGUUUCGUUGGGGCCAACUUUAGAUUCUCUAAGGCAGGGGGAAGGGGACAGGAGGUGGGGAGGAAAGAGGGCAGCCCAACUAAAGGUCCCAUUGAGUCUGGUGCUUUCUGCACUCACUUUCACUUGAGUGAGUGGAGUCGCCUGAUAAUGAACAGAUCCUCCAUGUGCAGCACACACAACCAUGAUCGAAAGUGGUCCUCCUGCCGGCAAAUACACCACAGAAUGAGUCUGUAAUUAAAAGAGAAAUGUAUUCGUCUGCUCCUUAGGUUCAAGCACACACUGAAAGGGAGGUUUUGAGGGACGAAGGGGCCAUGUGCAUUUACAUUAUUGGCCUGCAUUUCUGGGGCCGCAUAUCCACCACACUUUGGCCAAUAGAACGUUUUUAAAUGUUUUGGAUGUAAGUGUUCUUGGACAGGGCAUUCAGCCUCCAGUUUCCAUAGUGACUACACCUACCCACCGUCUUUACAUUGACCCUGGCCAUCUCAAUGUAAGAAGUAGAAAGUAUUUAUUUAGAAGGACAGUAGGUACUGUCCCAUCGAGGUGGGUGGCAAGGGAGAGCCCACCACUGGUUUUAAUAAAAACUAUCUAACAUGGUUCAUAGACUAAUGGGGAAUGGCUCCAGUCUUUGUCUCAUUAGGGAAUUAAACUUAGAUUCUUUCAUACAGACUCUUUCUUAAGAGGGUUUCAGAUGUCGUAGUUUCUCGUGAUUGAUGGAGGUAAGAGAAGUGGCUUAACCAGGCCAGUUGGAAUGAGGCGUCGUGGGUCCUGGUGGUUUCCCGUUUUCAUGGUAACAAAUUCACACACCGGAUUUGCUUUAUACUGUAGAAUACUGACUUUCAUGAUGACGACUUGGUUUAUGCAUGAAUACUGCAGUAUUUCCAUAUAGUAAAGUAACAUUUCUACCCAGGAUAAUAGUCAGUUCUCCAGGGAGGGAAUGAUAUAAUUUUCAUGACAAUGUCAUGUGAUAAUAGAAUUUCUCCAUUGAUGAAUCUCUAGUAUGUGUGUAUACUUUAUUUAACCAUGCGUAUAUUUUAUCACCAUGAGCUAAAGUAAUUCUUUCAUUCACGGCCCUGCUGAAGGAUUGGUACUGGCAACUUAGACUUACGAGUUGGCAACUAUGAUCAUCCAGCAUACUGAUGCCACGAGAGUGGCCAGGCCAGGUAGAAGGUGAAUAAGGAGCUGUGGCAGAAGCCUCAUUCCAGAACCUGCCUGGCAGUGAGCGGCAGCGUUGCGUGGGCGCUGUGCUUGGGACGUGCACACGCAGCCACACCCCCCGGGCACCGUGGCUGUGCACUCACUGCACGCGGGCCUGAGGCUUCUGGGGAGCGCCCCUUCUCAGGGGAGCCCCCCUGGGCCUCAGAGAAGGGCCCCGGGUUUCCACAUGCCGUACGUGUUGUGCUCUGUCCCCUUAUGAUUUGGACACAGACAACAGGACGUUUCCCACCCGCCACUUCACCUGCAGUCACCUCCUGAGUAGCUUGAGAAGACCGCCCGUUGUCGCGGACAUUCGGCUUCUCCCUGUGGAUGCGGAAAGCACGUUAGCGCUGGGCACCCCUUUUCAGCAGCCUCACACACAUUCCUGCCCUUCUAGGUUGUUCUUGACUGUGCCUGGUCAUCCUCCGCAGAAGGAACACCCGGCGUCCUUAGACUCACUGCGCUCGUUUCCCGGCACUUAGGGCACCCUCACCAGUGUCGCCGUCUCACUGACAGUUCAAGUUAAUACCCUUUUUUGUUCGUUGGUAACAACCUCUGUUUGACACAUUAAUAAAUUUCUGACUGUUCUUAAAGCAGUGGGGAUGCCUAUAUUUUCCUUGCGUUUUUGUGACUGACUUUGGCUAUAUACCUUUCUGGGGUUUUGUUUGUUUUUUAUUUUUAUUUUGCAUACCGAGGGUAUCUGGGGGUGGGGUUGUUUUUUGAGAUGUGUAAUUCUUUUAUGGAGUUUUUAAAAAAGAAUUUUCAUAUUGUUUUUCUAACAUGGCUUCAUUAAACGUUUAAGUAUUUUAAAAAUAUGUAAUAUUUGGACCAGAUGUUGUGAAUAAUAGUAGAGAUAAAGCUAUUUUAUUCUGUAUUUUUAAAACUGUUCCGUACAAAUAAAAGCUCUCCUGGACGCA